CAGAGAGGCCCAGCGAGGAGAAGAACAUUUAUCAAGGAAGCAGCCAAGAGGCCCAUGGUAACUCCAGAAGAGCUGACAUCCACUGCUCAGUCAGGUGUGUCUUCAGGUGAAACAUUGGAGGCUUUAUGACUCAGUGACGUGUGUGGAGAGCAGAGAAGGGUUGGCUUUCAGAAACCAAGGUUGGACUUUGUUUCCUGUGUCAGUUUGAGUCCCACCUGUUAGUCCAGGAAAUGCAGGUCUGAUCUGCAGCACCGUCUACGGCAGGAACUGUGUAAGUCGAUCAAAUGUGAAUUGUGGAAAAAUCAAACUUUUGAGAUUCAACACUGUAAUGAUGACUUCCUGGAAAAUAUGGUUUGGCCUUAUGUCCGUUUGUUUACUACAAAGCAGAGUGAUGUCACAGAAGGUCCAACUGGAGCCUCUGAACUCAACGGCGCUGCGAGAUUCUGAUGUCCAGUUUACCGCCACCAUUCAGGGAGACUGGGAGGUCACAAACUGGGGAGUCGGAGGGAUUCAAGUCCUCACAAUUGUCAACUCAACAGAUAACAUAAUCCCAUCGGCGGACAGAUUUUCUGCCAGAUUCUGCUUCGAUACCAGCAGAAGUUGUGUGGAGUUUACCAUCCAUAAUGUCACCCGCGCUGAUGCUGGGGAAGUUGUGUGUAGUGUACAAGGUCAUCAACCAGCGACAGCCCAGCUUUAUGUACAAGAGAGUGGAACAGUCAGCAUCCCAGGUGGGAAUGUGACGGUGAUGCAAGGCGGGGAGGUUGAGCUAGAGUGCGUAACCACUGCUUGGUUUCCUGCUCCAACCGUCAGCUGGACCCAAAACGGUCAGGUUGUGAACAGCAGCCUCUACAACACCACCAGCACACCUGAUGGGGAUUCCUUCAACUCCACCAGUACUGUCCGGCUCACGGCCAGCAGGAGCGCAAGAGUGGAGUGUUUGGCUUCUCUCUCAACGCUCACCGCUCCACAGUCCAGCUCUGUCUACAUCCAGAUUGUUCCCAAACCUCCAGACUGGACAGUGCUGAUAGCCGUAGUCGUGUCGUUUGGAAGUUGUGGUUUGUUGGUUUUUCUCAUCCUCGGAAUCAUGAUCUGCUACAAACACAGGAAAGAAAAAAAACAAAAUUACCAAGAUGAAAUGAGGAGAGUGAGAACGCACAGCCAGCUAAGUGUCAUCGACACACCUGAACAGGUAAGGGGUCGGGUAAAUGAAUCCUACGAGCCGGAGAAUCAGAGAAACGACACAAUCAACUGGACUGAGUCCGGCUACCGGAAACACAGACAUAUGACCUUUGUGUGACGACACACAGAGGAUGGAGAGCUCUAUGGACAUUUGACAGACUUUUCGAAGGAACUUUAAAGUUUUCCAGCUGUUUUGUCCAAAGUCUGGAGAGAGGAAGUGUUAAAGAGCAAAGACUGAUAGAUAGUUUGCAACACUGAUAAAAAAAUAUUUUAAAAAAUCAUUGUUAAAAUGUUAAUAGAGAAGGAAAAUUUGCGAGGACUUCCUGAAAGCAGAGUGUCAGAAUGAGCAGAAGCUUGUAAAGAGACAGAGGACCAAUUUCAAGGUAUUUUAAGGCAUUCAAUUACGAAGUUAAAUUUCCUUCAAGUCAUAUUUGAGACGUAUAUAAUUUUUGAUUGUGCUACACGAGGCUCCUGAUGUGACUGGGAAACACAUAACACAGAAGAAAUCCUCAGUCGUAUCGUUAACAUUUCUGACAUGUUUCAUGGAUAAACUAUUCUUGUUGUUCACACAGAAUGUUUUUUGUUUUCUUCUGUAAUCAGUUCAACUGUUUCCUUGAAAUUGUUUUAUCCUCAGUGUUUUCUGUUUUUACAUGCCAGCAAAAGAUGUCAACAAAUCUCGCGUUCAUUUAGAAAAUUGUUGCAGAAAUCUCCUUCAAUAAGAAUAUUCUGUUCGAUAUUUGUCAAAGACAUGUGUUGUAGUUCAAAGAUUUAAAGGUCUUGUCAACAAGGAAACACAAUUUCUGCACUUUAUGGACAUGAUGCCAUAUCUUAUGUAGUGCUUGGAAAAACGGUAAUGAACAAAGAAAAAUUACCUGCACUCUUUGGCUUGGCGUUGUUGCCGUUUUAUUUUUCUGUAACGGUGCUUUAAUUGCCAAUUUUAUGCUCUUUUUUGUUGUAUCCCUGAAUAUCUUGAAAGAAUAAGUGUACGAAAAAAUUUUGCUUGAAAGUUGAAAAGAAUUGUUCAAUAAUAUAAAGUUUUUACUGCUUUUUAAA